CAUCGCCCAGCGGUAGGAUCUGUGUGACAGUGCAGGGUACAGCUUUAGGUUGAGGGGCAGCGCGAGGAAAUAAUUUCUCCCGAUCCCGCUAUUUACUCGUACCACUAUUCCAUCGUAACAAACACCAGAUUAAAGUGAUAUCAUUUCAACACCGUACUGGGAAUUCGCGAGGGUCGCUACAGUGAAGAAUAUUUGCCACUCGUCUGCAGGACUUAUUCAGACUACAACGUAACAGUUAGUCGAACUUUCCCUUUUUAUUUUGCAGUGUCUUGCUAUUUGAUUUCCCCCCCGUUUUUUUUUUUUUUUAUUAUUGUUUUUUUUUAUUCCAACCGACUGGCAUCAGAUGAUUUUGUAAUCUGCGGGUGUUUUAGUCCCCUUUUGAGAUUAACAACGUUUUGACGAAAAGUUUUGUUUUCAUUUCUAUUUUGGGGGGGAUCAUUAGAGUUUUCCGCGAUGAACAAGCUAUAUAUUGGAAAUUUGAAUGAAAACGUGACCGCAGAGGACUUGGUUAAAACCUUUGAAGAUUACAAGAUUCCAUACUCCGGGCAGUUUCUCAUGAAAACUGGCUAUGCGUUUGUUGAUUGCCCGGACGACCAAUGGGCAAUGAAAGCGAUUGAAACAUUUUCUGGUAAAGUGGAACUUCACGGCAAACGAAUUGAGGUCGAACAUUCUGUCCCUAAGAAGCAGAGGACCAGAAAACUCCAGAUCAGAAACAUUCCGCCACACCUACAGUGGGAGGUUCUUGAUGGUCUACUCGCCCAGUAUGGAACUGUUGAAAACUGUGAACAAGUGAACACAGACAGUGAGACUGCAGUUGUGAACGUCACAUAUGGGACCCGGGAACAGGCUAGACAAGCUGUCCAGAAACUCAAUGGCUACCAGUUUGAGAACAAUGCUCUGCGCGUGUCAUACAUCCCCGAUGAGAACUCUGAGGUCGACUCUCAACGAGGCCCAGACAACGGCCGUCGCCCCGGAUAUGGUCCACGAGGCAACUCUCGUCAGAUGUCGCCCGGUUCUGGAAUUCCCGCCAAACACCAGCACGCAGACAUCCCUCUCAGACUGCUGGUGCCAACGCAGUACGUGGGUGCCAUCAUCGGCAAAGAGGGUGCCACCAUCCGCAACAUCACCAAGCAAACUCAGAGCAAGAUUGAUGUGCAUCGCAAAGAGAACGCCGGUGCCGCAGAAAAGCCCAUCAGUAUCCAUUCGACCCCAGAGGGCUGUUCAGCUGCCUGCCGUAUGAUCUUGGAAAUCAUGAUCCAGGAGGCAAAGGACACCAAAACUGCUGAUGAGGUGCCUCUGAAGGUUCUUGCUCACAACAACUUUGUCGGCCGUUUGAUUGGCAAAGAGGGACGCAACCUGAAGAAAGUGGAGCAAGACACCGAUACCAAGAUCACCAUUUCACCACUGCAGGAUCUGACCCUUUAUAACCCAGAGAGAACCAUAACAGUGAAGGGUUCCAUUGAAGCGUGCUGCCUGGCAGAACAGGAGAUCAUGAAGAAAGUGCGAGAGGCAUAUGACAAUGACAUCGCUGCCAUGAAUCAACAGACUCAUCUGAUCCCUGGACUAAACCUAGGAGCCAUUGGCCUCUUCCCGCCAACCUCUGCCAUGCCUCCGACCGCCCUCGGAAACUCAGUGCCUGGCCCCCCCUAUGGUCCUGUUGGCGCCUCUGAACAGGAAACUGUCCAUGUUUACAUCCCAGCCCAAGCCGUGGGAGCCAUUAUUGGCAAGAAGGGACAGCAUAUCAAGCAGCUGAGCCGUUUUGCUGGGGCUUCUAUUAAGAUUGCACCUGCAGAGGCGCCAGACUCAAAAAUGCGAAUGGUCAUUGUUACAGGACCACCUGAGGCCCAGUUCAAGGCUCAAGGCAGAAUAUACGGUAAGCUGAAGGAAGAGAACUUCUUUGGGCCCAAAGAGGAGGUGAAGUUAGAGACGCACAUCAAAGUAGCAGCUGCUGCAGCAGGAAGAGUCAUCGGAAAGGGUGGGAAAACCGUGAAUGAGCUGCAGAACCUCACCGCUGCUGAAGUUGUGGUUCCCAGAGAGCAGACCCCUGAUGAACAUGACCAGGUUAUCGUCAAAAUCAUCGGCCACUUUUACGCAAGUCAGCUGGCACAGAGGAAGAUCAGGGAUAUUUUGACACAAGUUAAGCAGCAGCAGAAAGGAGGAAGGGAAGGUCCACCAGGACCCCAACCACAGGGCGUGUCUGAGAUGGGGCCCCCACAGGGGCUGGAACAAGAACCCAAGAGGAAGUGAGAGACCGGGGCCCUUAGCCAGUCAGACGGACAGACAUAUUGAGGACAAACGAGAGGACUGACUGAGAGAGUGACACACAGACCCAGCGGUAGAAAGGGAGAAAUGAGCAUCAAACUGAGAGGGAAUUAAAAAGAAAAAUGAAAAGGAAAAAAAAUGCCUGAGAGAGGACACAAGUCUAGAGAAAAUGAUAAGGAACAAGAAAUUAGAGUGAUUUAAAAAAAAAAAAAGAGAGAUAACUAGAAAACAGAGACCAGAUGCCAGGCCAGGUGGAGUGACUGAGGAUGACGAGGAGGUGGGGCGCCCUCUAGUGAGAGCUUUUUAGAUAGCAGCUUAUUAGGAAAGCGCAGUUCCCUCAGAAGGGAUGCGUGCUACUUGGGAUCCUCCGCCAUCAACAGUCACUUCAAAAAUGUUAACUAUGUUUUAAGAUAGAGAUAUAUGUAUAGAAAUGUUUAUUCAGAGGUAUUAUUAAUGAAAUGCAGUUAGGUAGAGAUGGGGGGGAGAGAGAGCGGAGAAACCAACAAUUCGGUGGGCGGAGUCACCAAUCAGGUGACUUUGACCUACCUAUCAGAGACAAUAGGAGGGGCCAAAGUUGUUAACACUGCUCUUGAAGUCCCUCACAGUAAACUGUGGGGGUUAGAUCAUGAAAAAAAGAUUUUAAAAAAAUGAGGUUGUAAAUAUAAUCUUCAUGACUUGAGAUGCUGCACGUUUAGCUGUCUGCAAUCAUGCACCUGGCUUGAAAGGAUGUUUUGAGUAGGUAAUGCCAAUUUUUGAGGCUUGCCUUUCAAGCUGGUUGCUGAUUGGCUGGCAGGGCGUGCAGUGAGAGUUCAGUAAGUGUGUGGGCUUAAGAUGGCCUCUGCAGUUGUAUUGCAGUGGCUCAGCUUUGAGAUGCGGAAACACACCCAUCCCGCCUUAAACCACGCCAGCGAUGAUCGCUGCAGCGUUGCCUGCAACCAAACGGCAUAUUUUAUAUAUAUUAUAUAUAUAUGAUAUGUGAGUUAACCUGGCCCCUCAUUGCAUUGGAGCAGGCAGGAGGAAAACGAUGAUGUGGAGUGUGGGACAUACCAGUAGGCCCAGGCCAUCUUUUUGUAGAAGUUUAUUCAAUUUUAGGAGUGUGUGAUUUACAUAUUUGCAAUUUUUAAAUAGCAAGAAUUGUCAUCUGUAAACCUGGCCUUCAAACUGUUUGCUGUUAAGGGUUUUCCCUGAGAAUAACAUGUAAAAUAUGUCGAAACAGUCGGAAAGCCAACUUUGGAUUUACUGGGAUCCUUGAGGCCAAAGUAUACUUCAGUUUUCUGUGUGCUGGUAUGUCUCGCGAACAGUGCCUGUGGCGCAAAUUUUGUGGGGGACUAUGGUAAAGCUAGGGAGGUCUAGGGUAAAGCUUGUGCGUCCCACCCCCCCAGAAACUUCUGACACCCCCCUCUUGGUCCAAUAAAGAGACAACCACAUGCCCACCCUAAAGAGCAAAAUGCUAAGAUCCAGACAACUCAGAACUUUGAAUUCUCCCACCUCCUACUUGAAGAUAAUAAUUGGAACACCGCUCAAAAAAAACUCGAUUUGGGAAAUCGGAGUUGAGCGAUUGACCCCGUCUUUGGCGUCAAGAAGCGUCAUUUGACGCCAUUUCCAAGAUGGCGGCGACCAAUAAGCAUAACGCGGUACUGGGUUUUGGGAAACGUAAAAACAAACUAUAACGUUUUUUACUGCACGAAAUGCAUGCACAUGCAAUAUAAAAGAAAGCAAGCAUUUUGUGUACGUGACUUAUGUUUUUGCUAUAAUUGGCAUAAGAACAUGAAAUGUUCUUGUUUUGUCAUGGCACCAUCUUGUGGUAUGUAAAUGUGACAGUCACUUGUGUUUGACUGGAACAUACUGAGGUUGGAUGUGAGAAAUUUCAACUUGGAUAUUCACAACUCUGACUUUGCAGCAGUAGAUUUUGUGCAGGCAGUCGUAGUGGGCAUGUGUUGAAUGGGUCCGUAUGGGCACACGAUUUAAAGAGUAUAAUUUGAAAGACUAGAGCGCGAGACAGAACGGCAUGUGGAAAACCGAAGUAUGCUUUGGUCUUUUACAAGAUGGGUACAGCCCCCUCCCUCCCAAACCUGCCUUUUAAGUCAUUGGUUAAGAACAGUUUGACAGCGAAGUGGUUUCUGUGCUCUCUCUCCCCCGCUUUGUUCGACUUUUGUCGAUGAGGUUUCCAGAAUGCUGGCCUUUCUCACUGAACCUAGAACAGAUUAGAUAAAAAAUGAAAUUAAGAAAAAACUAAAAACCUACCUCAGGGUAUUGUUACCUCAGUAUUCCUAGUUUCUUUUUUCUUUCUUUUUUCUUUUUUGCUUGCUGGUGUUUUAUAUGAAAGCUGAUAGUCUUGAAUAUUGUAUUUUUUUAAGGAAGAAAUAUUUGUCAUUUUUUUGUCUGGUUGCUUUUUUCCCCUUUAUUUUCUUUUCGGUAUGAGUGUACGUGUGAGUGUAAUUGUGAGGUUUCUUCCUUACCUUAGCUCAAAAGGACCUCCAGAAAAAGCAAUGAAUUGUUAGGUGGUUUCAGGGCCUUUAGGCCCACCUGGGGGUCCUUAGAGAGCUGCACUUGAAAUCAAUGGCCAAUGGGAAGUAGGACAAUUCCUGCCAUCUUUUACUGGUGCAUGAAUGAUGUUGUAAUACCACAGAUUUCUGAGAAUGAAUUAUGAUCACGUAUGUUUGUCAUACAAGCUGUUUCGUCAAACGCCUGACCAUAGAAAGCUAAAAAUGGUCUAUGUGCCAUCAUUUUUGCACCUGUGGUGUGAUCUUGAUUAUUUGCACAGAAGGUUUAGACUCUGAUUCCAUAAGCAAUUACUUGAACAGCAUUGGUUGACUUACUUGAGAGGGAUUUAUAGAUGAGGUCUCCUGGUACCUACCUUGCCAAAUAGCUUUUUCCACAACUAAACUGAAAAACUAAAAAAUGUUGACCUCAUCUGCCCUAAGGCACUGAAUGUAAAACAUCCAAAAAAAAAUUUGGUUGGAGUCUUCUCCUUCCCCAUUGUCCUGUGCAAGUGUGCGUGACUGUGUUUUCUAAUUGUUAAAUCUUUUGUUGGGGAAGUGGUUUGGGUGUUUAAAAAAAGGCAGAAAAAAUAGAAAAACUCUCUAUGGCCUCAGUCAUACUCAUUUUUUAAACUGAAUGAGAACAUAAAAGGUACCAUUGGAAAAACGGGAGCCAAAAAAAUAAAGAAAAAACCGCUCACACCUCACAAAUUUAACCUGUACAUAAAAAAAGCAAUCAAAAAAGUUUUUUUUUUUUUUUUUUUUAGAAUAAAAUACUAAUUGGAUAAAGGAUGGAAAGACUUAACUGUUAAAAGAUGGAUGGACACUGCCAGACUGCAUAUUUUUCAGGUUCCAUUCAGAUAUCUGUGAAGAGUUUUCCCGAAUGUUCACGUGCUUUAAAGUGAUAGUUCACCCCAAAAUAAAAUUCUGUCAUUAUUUACACAUACUCAUUUUGUUCCAAACAUGUAUGACUUUCUUUCUGUCAUGGAACACAUAAGUUAUUCAGAUUUUGGAGUAACAUGACUGAAUUAUAUGACUGAAUCUUCAUUUUUGGGUGAACUAUCCCCUUAACAGUUUAUGGUCUUUGUUUUUUAAGCUUCCCUUUUUCACAAUAGAUGGCAGGCUUUUUCUGCUUGAGGAUUAAAGUUGUCAAUGACUCAUCAAUGGUCUCCAGGGAGAUGCUAUACAUACUACUCUUCAGGCGGGAAAGAAGUAUCUGUCCUGUUCCUUCCCAUAGAUUUCUGUCAGGCACCAAGACACACUCACACACACUUUUGCUCUGUUCAGACUGCAGCAGCCAUUUUAUUUUAACUUUACCUUUUUGUUUUUCUUGGACAGCAAGCUUUAUUUGGACAUGACAUCUGGUUGUGACCUGUUUCGUCAAUAAAAGACAAAAAAUAUGUGAGAAAUAUUAACAUAAACAGCAGAUCUCCAAGAACUUACACAAUUGUGGCAAAAAUGGAAAAAGUAGAUAUGUUAUUGUAAUUGCAUUUUUAUGUUUUGAUCAUUUUUUCUGUAAUCUAAGGGUGAAAGGUAUAAGCAAUGAGAGGGAGAUGGUCUGGACAGUUUUAAUGGGGAAGUGGACAUUCUUUCGGAGCUAGUUUGCAAAGAGACCUUAAUGUAUUUGCUUAAAGUGAUAGUUCACCCAAAAAUGGAAAUUCUCUCGUCAUCUACUCACCUUCACGCCAUCCCAGAUUUGGAUGACUUUCUUUCUUCUGUAGAACACUAUUUUUCGAAGAAUAUCUCAGUACGUCCAUGCAAUGCAAGUUAAUGGUGGCCAGAACAAUGAAUUUCCGAAGAGCACAUAAAUGCACCAUAGAAGUAAUCCAUAUGAAUCCAGUGGUUAAAUCCAUAUUGUCAGAAGCAAUAUAAUAGGUGUGCAUGAGAAACAGAUCGAUAUUUAAGUCAUUUUUUACUAUGAAUCUCCACUUUAAUUUUUACAUCCUUUUGUUUUUGGUGAUUCAAAUUCUUCAAGCAUAUCGCCACCUACUGGGCAGGGAUGAGAAUUGAUAGUAAAAAAGGACUUAAAUAUUAAUCUGUUUCUCACCCACACUUAUCACAUCACAUUUAAAGACAUGGAUUUAACCACUGGAGUUGUAUGGAUUACUUUUAGCUGCCUUUAUGUGCUUUUCGGAGCUUCAAAGUUCUGCCCACCAUUCCCUUGCAUCGCAUGGACCAAAAGAGCUGAGAUAUUCUUCUAAAAAUCAUCAUUUGUGUUCUGCAGAAGAAAGAAAGUCAUACACAUCUGGGAUGGCAUGAGAAUGCGUAAAUGAUGAGAGAAUGUUAAUUUUUGGGUGAACUGUCCCUUUAAUUUCUUCUGUUAGUUUGCUGGAUUUGGCAUUUAGAUGUCACCUUCAUGAUCCCCAUCCCCCUUUUCCAUGUUCCUUUCUCCAUUUAACCUUUCAUUACUUUUACACCAUUCACGUCCUUCAUCUGCAUAUUUAGCAUUUUUGUUUUCCUUAAAUUGUGUUAUUCGGCAUUCGUAUCGUUUCAGUUCUGGAGUAAAACAUUCUCUCUCACGCUGGCCUUGUUUGUGACCGUUUUCUCAGUUCAGUUCAGUCGUUUGAUGUUUAGUUUCUUUUUGUUUUAUAUGAUUUUUUCUCUGGCUUAAAUAAUUUCCGUUUUAUUUAGUUUGGAUUAUUGCUAGGUUUCUCCUUCUCGACACACACUGCUACUAGUUCAUUUAAAAUACUAACAAAGAAAUCAUCCUUCAUGUAAUACCUGUGCCCAACUGGGGUUCUCUUUUUGUCUUUCCUGUUCUGUGCUCCAGAAAAAGGGACUAAGAUUUGUACACAGUCAGGUAUUAGGCUGACUGGCUGAUACAUAGUUCCCUGAGUACUGCAAGUACUGAGCCUCCUGUUUGGCACUUGUUUUCUUUUUUUUUCUUUUUCUUUUUUUCCAAGGUCCUCCACACUCAUUGUCUGUGGCAAGGGCUUGAAAAAAUAGAACAGUUUCGUUAGCAUACUUGAGCUUCAAAAAAAGACAGUAUGUUUUUUACUUAUGCAAAACUGAGACAAGUCAAAUGAAUGGCUGUCGUUUGUCACAAGGACUGUUAAUUGUCCACUGGGACACCCAUAAGGAGGACGUGAUCACCCCAUCUGUUGCAUUGCAGUGCAUAGAUUUACAUGUAGAUGGCAGAUUGAACCUCAGCUUAGUUGGGUGUGAUCAUCGUAUUGACGUUGCAUGCCACUGUUGUAUCUCACUGUGCUAGUUUCUGCCCUCUCCUUAAAGAAAAAACAUUUGGGUGCUACAAAGAUGACUCAAACCUCACAUAACUUGGAACGCUACCUCAAGACUUAGCCAUAAGAUUGUUUUAUCAACCAGACGAGAGAAAAAGUGCAUGUUACAUUACUUUUGACUUUUAAUUUAUUUUAGCUUUUCUUUAGAUGUUUGAUUAGAAUUUAAUACUCCAGCUUAGACUCAAAUUAACAGUGACGGCUGAACUUUUGGGGAGGGACGGGGGGCAGGACAGCAAAUGGAUGUGCUGUGUGAUGGUUUGCAUGGUGUGAGGAGGAGGAAAGAGUUUUUUAGGUCCACAAUUAAAGGGAUAGUUCACCCAAAAAUGAAAAUUCUCUCAUCAUUUACUCGCCCUCAUGCCAUCCCAGAUAUGUAUGACUUUCUUUCAUCUGCUGAACACAAAUGAAGAUUUGUAGAAGAAUAUUUCAGCUCUUUACAUCCAUACAAAGCACAUGAAGCUUCAAAAAUCUUAUAUUUUGGUCUGUUUCCCACCCAAAACCUUUCUGGAUUGCUUCAGAAAACCAAUGGAGUCUUAUGGAUUACUUUUAUGCUGCCUCUAUGUGCUUUUUGGAGCUUCAAAGUUUUGGUCACCAUUCACUUGCAUUGCAUGGACCUACAGAGCUAAGACAUUGUUCUACAAACCUUUGUUUGUGUUCAGCAGAAGAAAGAAAGACAUACACAUCUGGGAUGGCAUGAGGGUGAGUAAAUUAUAAGAGAAUUAAAAAUUUUGGUUGAAGUAUUCCUUUAAGAUAAAAUUCUCCCCACUUGAUGAAGUCUUACUCAAACCCUAAAUAAGAACCUCUGUCCAGGUGGCUAACUAUUAUGAUACACAUGGCACAAAUGUAACUAAUUGUCGGCAUCAGAGUUUUUUCGAUACCUCAGUGGACGAAACACACAAUUGUGCCUGUUCUGUUGUCCUCUGUGUCUUUUCCCACCUUGAUGGCACGACACUACCUCCACGCCUUGCAGCCUUGACCUACCAUUACUUAGGUAUACCCAAGUACAAUUCUCCCAUGGAAGCUGCCCUUUUCACGCUGAUCUCAAAACCAGUUUCACUAUUUCUUUUUCGAUAGCUGUGGGUAAGAUGAGUGAAACUAGAUUUAAAUAGGCAAUAAAAUGGCAUGUUCUGCCUAGAGCUUCUACUAACAUUCUGUCCUCCACUUGUAAUCCCCUUUUAUGAUUCACACCCUGAAUCAAAGGGCACAAAACCUGUAACCAUGUAUUAUUUUUUUUAUUUUAUUUUUUGUUGAUCUACCUCUUAGAAGAAAAGAAAUCAAACAAAUAGGACGAUCAUAAAACUUAAAAAAGGACACAAAAAUUUCUACAAUUUUAAAGCUUAAUAAAUCAAUAAUAAUAAAAGACUUAAGCAACUGAGUAGCAGCAUCUCCAUAUACUGUAGUGAAUAGAAAACCUUUACUUCCAAAGACGAAGUUUUUCUUUUUUCAGUUGUUUUGAAAUUGUUCUGGAAGACUUUGGAAAUGAAAUAAAUUGAAACUGGGAGGGGCAAUAUAAAGAAAAUAUGUCAAUUUCACUAUCCAACCCCCCCCCCCCCCCAUUAUUAUGAAACUGACUUUCAUUUUUAACUUACAAAUUCGUCAUCUUUUUAUUUGACUUAUAUUUCUGAUGGCUUUUAAAAAAUUACAUAGGAUUGUAUCUCUUAUGUUUGCAAUAGAAUUCGCUCUCUUUCUCUGUGAACCGCGACAUAGUAUCUUUUCAGGCUUCACAGAGCAGCAUGAUGUUGGAAUCAUUUUCAUUUUUAUUGUUUCAUUUCACCUGUAAUGAUAGGACAGGAGAGUGAAGGUCUGUUUAACUGAAUAGGGCACAUUUUUAGGAGGAUGAGAAAGGAAGGAGACUACCUUUAUCAGACUACCUUAUCCCUUCACCCUUCUUACUGCAAGUGCCACUGACAUUAUCAGGACUUUCAGCCUCUGCCUGCCUGAUUUUCUUUGAUUCUCAUCCACAGUUGUUUUAAACUCCUUGUAAAGAAUACAGAGCAUAGAUAUGAAUGUGACAAUAAAAGAUGAGUAAACCGGUGA